AUGCCACGUAAGCUACGUAAGAAUAUACGUAAGAGGAAGGGAGCAUUGAAACAUCCAAUAGUAAAACUGACACCACAACAACAGUUGCAACAACAAAUGAUGAAUGACCCCACUAUGUUGCAACAAAUGUCAAGCAACCCUAUGCUUUUAAACCGAGUUAUUGGUGCACAGAGUGGAGGUUUAAGAGCGGCACUUUUAGCGAAAAUGGCAGGCUAUGGUGGAGCUGCAGACGGAACAGCUUAUAACCCUCAAAGUCAAAUGAAUUUGAGUUCACUCAAAAAUCAAAUAACAGAUGUCAAAAAGUCAAACAUAGACAUACAGAAACAAAUAAGUGAAAACGAAAAGAAACUAGAAUAUGACAGACACACAAAGAAACUCAAUGAGUUAAACGUAGAGAAAAAGAAGAAAGAAGAACAACUGAAAGAACUAAGUACAGAGGAAUAUGCGAAAAAAGUGUCAGAAAAAGCAGCAGAAGUAGCAAAAAUGGAACAAGAUGUUAUAAAUUUGAAAAACCAUACUACUCAAUAUAAAGUACUGAAAGAUGAAGAGAUAAAACAAAAAGCCCUGAAGACAUAUAUGGAUAGCGAUGAGUAUAAAAAAGAAGUUGAAGCAAAUGUAAAGGCAGAAAAACUUUUACAGUUGCAAAACCAAACCGUACAGUAUGAAAACUUAGCACAAGAAAGUAAAAAUAACGACGCAGCCAUGCAAAAGGCAAUGAAAAGCGCAGAAUAUAUAAAAGCUAAUAAUGACUGGUUAGAUGCCCAAGCCAACGCUAAAGCAGCCCAACUUAUAGGGUCAAUAAGGACAAAAAUACAAGCGGAUGAAGACAGUUCAAAUGAAGCUUUAAUGAAUGCUGACUUUAAGAAUGCCUUCGAAGCUCUUCAUAGUAAGGUGAAACUAGUGAACGACUUCUCAUCUGGAAAGAAACUGAAGUCUGAAG